GACACCAGCAAGCCACGCCACACUCCCAAUCGCCGCAGCAGCUGGUCCCCUGCUCGGCUCGUCUGAUCCAGCGGCUGAAUCCGCAGGCCAUGGGGUUCGACAAGGAGGCGAGCUCCUCCUCCUCGCGGCUCGACGCGGCGCCGCUGCUCCCGCAGCACGGCGGCGGCGGCGCGGGCGGGCACCUGUCCUCGCAGCCCAAGACGUUCGCCAACGUCUUCAUCGCCGUCGUCGGCUCGGGCGUGCUGGGCCUCCCCUACACCUUCUCCCGCACGGGCUGGGCGGCGGGGACGCUGCUGCUCCUCGCCGUCGCCGCGCUCACCUUCCACUGCAUGAUGCUCCUCGUCGCAGCGCGCCGCCGGAUCGCGGACGCGCACCCCAAGAUCGCCUCCUUCGGGGACCUGGGCCACGCCAUCUACGGCGCGCCCGGGCGCCACGCGGUCGACGCCAUGCUCGUGCUCAGCCAGGCCAGCUUCUGCGUCGGCUACCUGAUCUUCAUCUCCAACACCAUGGCGCACCUCUACCCCAUCGCCAUCGGGGCCCAGUCCCCGGCGUCGCCGCUCCUAACGGCCAAGGCGCUCUUCAUCUGGGCCAUGCUGCCGUUCCAGCUCGGCCUCAACUCCAUCAGGACGCUCACGCUCCUCGCGCCGCUCAGCAUCUUCGCCGACGUCGUUGACCUCGGCGCCAUGGGCGUCGUCCUGGGCCAGGACGCCUCCGUCUGGCUCGCCGACAGGCCCCCCGUGUUCGCCUUCGCUGGCCCCGCCCAGCUCCUCUACGGCCUCGGCGUCGCCGUCUACGCCUUCGAGGGCAUCGGCAUGGUCCUGCCGCUGGAGGCGGAGGCCGCCGACAAGCGCAGGUUCGGCGCCACGCUCGCGCUGUCCAUGGCGUUCAUCGCCGUCAUGUACGGGCUGUUCGGCGCCAUGGGCUACCUCGCCUUCGGCGCCGCCACGCGGGACAUCAUCACCACCAACCUCGGCACCGGCUGGCUCUCGGUCCUCGUGCAGCUCGGCCUCUGCAUCAACCUCUUCUUCACCAUGCCGGUGAUGAUGAACCCGGUCUACGAGGUCGCGGAGCGCCUGCUCUGCGGCAAGCGCUACGCCUGGUGGCUGCGCUGGAUCCUCGUCGUGCUCGUCGGGCUCCUGGCGAUGCUCGUGCCCAACUUCGCAGACUUCCUCUCGCUCGUCGGCAGCAGCGUCUGCGUCGUGCUCGGCUUCGUGCUGCCCGCCGUGUUCCACCUCAAGGUCUUCGGCACCGAGAUCGGGUGGGCCGGCCUCGUCGCCGACGUGGCCAUCAUCGUCACCGGGAUUGCGCUCGCGGUGUCCGGGACAUGGACGUCACUCGUACAGAUCUUCAGUUCUUCCGACCUGUAAGCAUCGACAGUCUGAUAUGUGCAAUGGGAGGGCUCAAAUUGGUUCCAAUAGAUUGAGACACAAUUCAGCGACCGGGAUAACACUGCAUGCAUUUGUGGACGUCCGAUCCCGCAGGCGAUGGUUCAGAUCCGAUGGUUGAACAGCAAUUUCUUAAACACUAGCCGCAGUACCGACUGCAUUUUAUCCAGCUGCCAUGUCGAUUGAGCAUUUUAUCCGAUGGUAAAGUAUGGGAACAAACUAUUGUUGGGAGCUCUCUGAAAUCUACAUUGGUUUGGUUCAGAUAGAGCCAUAUAGAUUCCAGCUGUACCAGGCAGCAGAUCCAUGUGUAAAGCCUAUAUGAUGUUGUAUUGAAUUGAAUCGAUGACUGCUUUAUGCAAGAUUCUUUUGUCCAAGAGUGACUGCUUUAUGCAAGAUUCUUUUGUCCAAGGGGUUUGUAGUUCUCUAUUGUUAGUAUCACCUUAUAAGAUGUUUUAGUUUUUCUAAAUAUUUUUUUACUACACAUCUAAACAUAAUGUACAAGUUACACAAUACAAGAGUGACUGCUUUAUGC